AUGACAAACCAUGUCAAUGACAAGUACAACAUUGGCAAUGCCCAGGAGACACCGCCAGAUCUAGUGUUCUUUAACUAUCAUGAGUAUCUAGUGUCGCAGCUGGGUGGUUCUGAACUGCCCGUGGUAGUCGUAAACCACUUUCCCAACCAUUACAAAGACCAGUCAUCUGUGUCGUUCAAGCACACGAGGGUUGUAAGAAUACCACGUUGUUAUGAUAUCCAGUGCUCGGACUUGAUACCGCAGUUCUCUAUAUUCUACCCAGGGCAAGAGCCGGGGGCAAUCAAAUCAGAGGAAAGUAACUCGGUCACAGCCACGUUUGAUCAGCAUGAGUUUGGAGUUACGUCUGAAAUCUUGCAGCUCCGGCAACGCAUAUCGGAACAAGACUUGCUUAAACUUGUCACCACCAUCAACUUCAAGUUGCAACUAGCCUUCAACCCGUUCUCAGUAUGGACUCUUUGUGAAAACAUUUGCAACGUCUUGACUGGCGGGUUAUUCCUCCUGUUGACGAACUUUUGUCAUUUGUACACUUACUCCAGGAGACAAGUUACCAAAUUGGAAGCGUUUAUCAGACAUCAGAAUGAACAGUUUCAAAAAGACGGAGUCGACUUGGUAAUCACUUCACCAAGGAAAACAGCAUAUUUGUCAGUACGUGUAAUCCUUCAAAGUCUAUGGCGGCGCGCUAAGUACUAACCAAAAAUGAAUAUUUUUCGCAGUUGGAUAUACAAGUUUCCAACCUCAUCCCCUCGUAA